AUGUCAUCUAACGCUGGUAAGAUAAUUAAAAUUAUCAACAUAUGCUCAUCAUUGGUCUUAUCUGUAGCAGGAGUUUGGAGAAUUGUAUCUUUACAAAUAUUUAAAGUUUUAGAUACUUGGUAUUUUUUCGAUUUUUUCAUGCCCUUCUUUAUGAUAAUUUUAGGUAUAAUGCUCUUAGUGAUUGAAUUUAAGAGAGAAUUUAUGGAAAAAUAUUUCUUGUUUCUUACAACAUUGUUAGGAAGAGGCAUAUUUAAUGUUUUUCUAUCAAGUAUGAGUGUUUUUGCAAUUAGUGAUGAAUUUGGAACUUUGCUUGCUCCUUUUAUUUACUCUUUAAUAUUAUUUGUGAUUGGAUUUUUCUACAUUCUAUUUAGCUUCUUCUCAGUAAUAUAAUUUUAUAAAAGAAAAUAAUAAAUAGUGAGCAUUAUUUAAUGUUAAAUUAAUAGAAAAGUGAACAUGAUGAUGUCAAAGAAGUAAAUUAAAAAAUUUACUACUAUAUUAUUAGAUGCUAAUUGA